AAUAUAUGAAAGAAAUAAAGCUGGUACUGGGCCAUGGCAAUCCACAUUCCCUACCCACCUUUUAUUCUUUUGCUGACUAUUUCACCCUCUCUUCUUCUUUUCUUCUUCUUUACUUCUUCAUUCAUAUCAUUUUCUCACCAUCCCUUUUGCUUCUUCUCAUUUUUCAAGGAAAAAAGACCCUCCUUUGGACCUUCUCUGGGAUAAUUAAUCUGAAAGAAGUUGCUUCACAUCAAGAAUGGGUUCUGGUUUUUGGUUUAAAGCGAUAAUUAAGUUAAGGAAAUCAAAAGAUCGCACAUCAAAGAAAUCAAAGGGUACCUUAGCUCCAGAGAAGCUAAGUGCAUUGAAGUCUAAUGGUGUAGAAAAUGGUAUUCAAAAUGGAAAUCUUGUGUUAGUCGAAACUAUUGCUGCAACAAGGAUCCAGACUGCAUUCCGGGCUUAUAAGGCAAGAAAAACUCUACGGCGAUUGAAAGGUUUCACAAAACUGAAGAUUUUAACAGAAGGUUACUCUGUUCAAAAGCAAGCCAGUACAACUAUAACAUACCUUCAUUCAUGGAGCAAGAUACAGGGUGAAAUUAGAGCUCGUCGAAUCUGUAUGGUGACAGAAGACAAGAUCAGGCGGAAGAAACAAGAGUCUCAACUAAAACUUGAGGGAAAGCUCCAUGAUUUUGAGGUUGAAUGGUCUGGUGGUCCUGAAACCAUGGAGGAGACACUUGGGAGAAUACAUCAAAGAGGAGAAGCAGCAGUGAAGCGAGAAAGAGCCAUGGCUUAUGCCUUUUCUCAUCAGUGGAGGGCAAACUCUAGUCAGAGCCAAGCACUAGGUAGUUACGAGCUUGGCAAAGCUAACUGGGGUUGGAGCUGGAAGGAACGCUGGAUCGCCGCUCGUCCAUGGGAAAGCCGCGUCGCUAACAUUAGCCCGAAAAAAGUUCAAAAUAAGCUGUCAUUCAAGGUUCAAAAGGAUAAAAACACAUCAACAUCGAAAACUUCGGUUUCAGUUACACCUUCUCCCUCGAAUGCAAAAGGGACUACUCCUAAAGGAAGUACCAAAGCUAGGAGAUUGUCUUAUCCAACCACAGAGAAAGAGAAAACUGUGGUUGAAGGAGUGAAGUGAGACAUCAACAAUGGUUCCUAAGAUGAAAAACUCAUUUUUUUUUUAAAGUAUCAAGCCUUUUGUAUAAUUUGAGUUGAGGAAUGUCAAAUUGUGUUGCAAUUGGUUAGAGGCCAUAUAAAGUCAACAUAAGAUGGCACUUUAUUUAUUCAUCGGAUUGCUUCUUAUUUGUGUAUAUGAGUGUGAUUUGUUGAUUGAUUCUGUUAUUUUUAUUCACCUUUUGUCAAUCUUGUAUAUUCAAAGAAACAAAUUAAAUUGUAGAUAGAACGAUAUCUUAUUUUUGUACUUUAUAUGUUGUAAUACAAAAUACCUAAGAUGUGAUAAUGUUUAUAUUUCUCUUUAAGA